AUGGCGCCCCUCCAACCCCAACCCGCCCACUUGGGUCUCAUCCUCCCCAUCGCCACCUCCUCCGCCACCGUCGGCCUCGCCCUCUACCAAUUCCCCGUCUUCUACGCCUUCCUCUCCUCCUCCCCGCCCCUCAGCGGCAAACCCCUCUCCAACUACUGGGGCCCCAACCUCAAAACCGGCGUGCCGCUGAUCAUGAGCUUGAACCUCGCGAGCAUCGCGACGGGGCUGUUGAGUGCGAGGUGGUUGCGCACGCAUCAGACGCUGGAGACUACUGAUGUUGGGAAGUGGUAUGCCUACGGCGCCAUUUUCGCCGGCGCGCAUUUCGUCUUCUGGCCGCUCGUCGCGGGCCCGAUUAGACGAAUGAUUGCGGAGGGGGAGUCGAGCUCGGUCAAGACGGAGGCGGAGACGGACGAGCACAACAGGAAGGAGAUGAGCACUUGGUUCUUGUGGCAUGCGAUUCGCACGCUGGUGGUCGAUCUGCCGGCGCUGUGGUGCUUCGCUGAGGGGGCAUCGUUGAGCUUUUGGGUGGCCAACGUGUAG